AUGGGCGUGAUAAACUUGGAUGAUGAAAGGAAAAACAAAUCUAAUGAUAUAAUUGAAAACCAAAGAAUCAAAAAUAUCCUAAAAGAAAUACUCCAGAUAACCAACAUUGAUAAAGCUAAUGAAUUCAUAGAUAAGUACAAAGUACUUAUAAAUAUAAAAUUGGAUGCUGAAUCAAUAAUAGAUAAUUUUAUUUUUUCAGUAGUGAACAUUUUUUCUGGGUUUUUUAUUUUGGACAAUAAUUAUUUCAAAGAUCAAUAUUCAGAAAAUCAUAUAGGAGCAGUAAUAUAUGCUCCACUUUUCAAUAACUUAUUUCGUCAAGAGUGUUAUUCAAUAAGGCUCAAUGAUCAACUUUUGGCUAACAAGGAACGAAGAAAUCUUGGAAAUGAGGAGAGAGUUAGAUUGGCAUUGGUGCCUGACAUCAAAUUGACUUAUUUAAGAGGAAAUAUGGAAAUCAUUGUAAUAGAACACCAGAAACAAAUUAUUUUAGAUGGAUUAAAGAAAAACAAAAAAGAUACUACAAAGAUUACUAUAAUGAUGCAUGAUCUGCUGACAAAAAUUUCAAAAGACUUGGAUAGUAGAGAGCUAUCAGAUCAUAUCAAAAAUAUAAAUGUGUUUGGUGUAAUAACAUCAAAGCUAGACAUUGAAAUAUAUUCAAUGCAGAUGCCUGCUCCUGAGCUGUAUGUGUUUAAUAAGAUAUUUGAAUUCAGCCUCCCAACAAAUGUGUUUGAUUUUCCUGAAAUCUCUCGGGCAUUGAGUUUCUUAAUUAAGUUUCGACGUAUUGUGGAUCAGAAUUACUUUAGAUAUAUAAAUAUACUUAAUAAUAAUGAACCUGUUACACCCACACAACAAGUGAGAUGGUCCAUCAAAAUGAAAACAUUGCCUAUAUCUUUACGUAGUGAAAUUGAUAAAACAAACAAAAAGAGAAAAGAAUCAAAGUAA